UCUCAGGACUGUGUGGAUAUUGAUGAGUGUGUGGACCUCCCAGACGCGUGUGUCUCACACUCUGUGUGCAUCAACACUGUGGGCUCCUACAAGUGUGGAGGCUGUAAACCCGGUUUCCUCGGCAACCAGACGUCGGGGUGCCUUCCCAGGAAGUCGUGUGCUGCGUUAACCUUUAACCCCUGUGACAUCAACGCCCACUGCACCAUGGAGAGGAGUGGAGAGGUCGCCUGCAGGUGUAACGUGGGUUGGGCUGGUAAUGGUAACACGUGUGGAACAGACACAGACAUUGACGGGUAUCCUAACCGCUCGCUGCCCUGCAUGGACAACGACAAACACGGGCAAACAGGACAACUGUGUGUUCACCCCCACUCUGGACAGGAGGACGCCGACGGAGACGGGAUCGGAGAUCAGUGCGAUGAGGACGCCGACGGAGACGGCAUCAAGAAUGUGGAGGAUAACUGCCGGUUGGUCCCUAACAAAGACCAGCAGAACUCAGACAGCGACUCGUUCGGAGACGCCUGCGAUAACUGUCCCAACGUCCCCAACGCAGACCAGAAGGACACGGACAGCAAUGGGCAGGGAGACGCCUGCGACCAGGACAUCGACGGGGACGGUAUUCCCAACGUUCUGGAUAACUGUCCGAAGGUGCCGAACCCGAUGCAGACGGACAGAGACAGAGACGGCGUGGGAGACGCCUGUGACAGCUGCCCUGAACUCAGCAAUCCCAUGCAGACGGACAUCGACAACGACCUGGUGGGAGACGUUUGUGACACCAACCAGGACAUGGACGGAGACGGCCUCCAGGACAGCAGAGACAACUGCCCGGACAUCCCCAACAGCUCCCAGCUGGACUCUGAUAACGAUGGCCUCGGAGACGACUGCGACCACGACGACGACAACGACGGCGUCCUCGACGACUACGACAACUGCAGACUCGUCGUCAACCCCAACCAGAAAGACUCCGACAUGAACGGUGUUGGAGACGUCUGUGAGAACGACUUUGAUAACGAUGCAGUGAUGGAUUUGGUGGACGCGUGUCCGGAGAGCGCUGAGGUCACGCUGACAGAUUUCAGAGCCUAUCAGACGGUCAUCCUGGACCCAGAGGGCGACGCCCAGAUUGACCCCACCUGGGUGGUUCUAAACCAGGGCAUGGAGAUCGUCCAGACGAUGAACAGUGACCCGGGUUUAGCUGUGGGCUACACAGCAUUUAACGGCGUCGACUUCGAGGGAACGUUUCACGUCAACACGGUAACGGACGAUGACUACGCCGGCUUCAUCUUCGGGUACCAGGACUCCUCGAGUUUCUACGUAGUGAUGUGGAAACAGACGGAGCAGACGUACUGGCAGUCGCUGCCCUUCAGAGCUGCGGCCCAGCCCGCCCUACAGCUCAAGGCGGUGAAGUCUCGGACCGGACCCGGAGAGUUCCUGAGGAACGCCCUGUGGCACACCGGAGACACACCCGGAGAGGUGAAGCUGCUCUGGAAGGAUCCCCGAAACGUCGGCUGGAAGGACAAAACCUCGUACCGCUGGCAGCUGAGCCACCGGCCGCAGGUUGGCUACAUGAGGGUGAAGCUGUUUGAGGGCACAGACUUGGUGGCCGACUCCGGCGUUGUGAUUGACACCACGAUGAGAGGAGGUCGACUCGGCGUUUUCUGUUUCUCGCAGGAAAACAUCAUCUGGUCCAACCUGCGCUACAGAUGUAACGACACGCUGCCCGAAGACUUCCAGACUCAUCGUCAACAGUUUCUGAUGCACAUCCGGGUGUGAGGGAGACGUGACUGUGAGUGACGCUCCAGAGCAACACAUGCAAACAGUCUGCACGCCGUCUGGCCCUUUAAAUAUUGUUUCCUUUGUCUUUUCAUCACACACAUUUACGCACACUGUGACGGCGUAUUCGGCCCAUCGUAGGUCAUAACAUACAAUUACAGAGCCGGGGGGGGGGGCUUUCUCUGAGAAAGUCAGUCAUGUAUUUUCUGAUAAAUGUACCACUUUAAACGAGCAUAACCCCGUCCACUGGUAGAGAUGGCUUUGGUUCGGAGGAGAAGUGGAAUAUUCCUUUAAAUGUUUCCGUGUGUUUUUAAAUGUACAUAUCUUUGUGGAAAUAAACUCCCGUCCGUGACUUUU